GUUAGAUCCGAGGUUAAUGUAAGGGCAACACACGUGCGACAGUCUCCACGCGUGUGAGUCAACCGCGCGAUUUGCAAAUUGAGCCACCCUACUCCUCACUUUGCCCUGCCCAACGCCUCCUCUCUCACUCUUCUUCUUCUGCUUCUCCUGCUCCUCUUGCAUUCCCCCUUUCUACGACUAUUCUUUCUAGAGAGAGAAACAGGCUGUCCUCGAUCAAAGGGGGAGACCUUAGAUCACAUCCCACAACACAAUCGGAUCCGAAUCAUGUUCAGAAGGCUUGCUGUCCGGCUCCGCACUCUCGCCCCGCCCCGAUCCGCUUCCAAGAUCGCCCAAUUCUCCGUCGGAUCUUCCACACCUUCGGAGAAUGUUGUCCGUUCGCUCCCCGUUUUUUCUCGCCACUUCUCUUCUGAAUCCGGGAAUGUGCCUAAAAAGGUGGAGGAUAUAGUGCCGAUUGCUACUGGUCAUGAGCGCGAAGAGCUUGAGGCCGAGCUUGAAGGAAGGGACAUUCUGGAAAUUAACCAUCCGUCUGGUCCAUUUGGAACAAAGAGAGAGAGAGAGAGAGUUGGAAUGAUGGGGCGAACUCUCAACAGCGCGAUUCGUUGUGUACAGACGGUGGCCGAGUGCCCUCACCUCACCAAACUCUCUCUUCACGCUCCUAAAUCAGUGGAGGUGGAAUUUGAUAACGGCAGUGCAUAUAAUCUGUCAGCUGAAUACUUGCGAGUAUAUAGCCCUGCAGUUGACAGUAAGAUCAGAUCAGUUGGAGGAGAAAAGGUUAUAGCCGGGAGGCGUGAUGUUGGGAUCAUGUCUGCAGAACCUGUGGGAAACUAUGGAGUGAGAUUACUUUUCGAUGACUUGCAUAAAACAGGGAUCUUCACAUGGGAUUACUUUUAUUAUCUUGGUAGCAACAAGCUUUCGCUCAUGAGAAAUUACAUCGGAACUCUAAAAAAACACGGUCUUAGUCGUGACCCAAGAAUAAGGAAGUGAAUUUUGUAGCCUUUCAAGUUCAUUACAUGCAUCUUCAUCACUAAGGAUCUUGAUUAUUGAACUCUUUGAGUUGAAUUUGGAGUAUCUUUAGAUUGUUAUAUACUGGACAAUUUUGAAGGAGAAGAUCGACCGAGGCCCUUCAAAGAUAUGAUGUUCGUUCUUUUCGAUUAUCAUGAUGAAUUGUCCAAAUCAAUCUUCAAGAUGCUGAGUUUCAGAGUUUUUAAUCUGCUGGAGGUGAAGAUUUUUUUUUUUUUUUUUUUUUUUUUUUAAAUGUGGACGGUCUCUGUCCAAAUUCAUUAUUUUUGAAUUGUGAUUACACGUCAUAUUAAUGCCACAAUUUAACGCAAUUGAGAAGCAAGAUGAGUUUGAAUUCGUCUUGUGGGUCAAGCAUUUUCGAUGGAAGAAGGACAUAGACGAACAAGGUGGAAGCCGGCCUAUUCCCGGAUCUGGAUCAUUUCUGCGCAAAAGGAAAGGAUUUGGAUUUGCAGGAUGUUUUCCAGAGAUUCACCUUAGAUAAUAUAUGGAAGAUUGUGUUGUAUUACGAUCCCUGCAGCUUGGUUUUGACAGUAUGAUGUUUUUCUUUGGAAAAUUGAUGGCUUCUUUAGUUCUCUAAAUUUUAAUUCAAUUAGAUUUUCUUUUUCUUUCAUGAUGAUGUGAUAAUUAUUUAUUAUUUUUCAGGCUUUAAGGCACAAAUUUCUCU